UUUUUGGGUCAUUUCGUAUUUCGUUUCUCAUUGCCUUCUUCCUAUGUUUUUUUUUUUUGAAGAAAUAAAGCCAAUUUGCUGAGGUUUCAAAAAGAUAAGAGGCUAUUUUAGUUUUGUAGUUCCACAACACGUUUACAAAAAAGACUACAACUCCCACAAGGCCUUUCCUAUCAUAUGAUAGCUGUGUGUUUUGUCAUGUGACCUUGACACCGCUCAGUCAGUACUCGGUUUCCCUUUUCGCAGUGCCACAGGCUCCAAACUGAAAACACUUCAGUCCUCCUCAAAACGGACCUCCACAUUUUACACGUAUGACUUCACGGCUGUGAAAAUAAACUCCGGCUCGUGCUCAGUUGAGUUUAUCUGCGUGUCAGGCUCCGUACAACUCCUCCAUGUCCCACUGUGGUAGACUCACAGCCCCAGCGGCUCCCCGGCAGGCCUCUCUGUUCACCGUGUGAGCAUCAGUCCUCACGCCGCGGUUGGGUGGGUCCAGCUCGGCCACAGAGGCAGCAUGGGCCCGGUGCAUCGCUAGCCUCCGCUCUGAAAGCUAUCACACCGGUGGGAAGCAGUUUUAGCUUGGAUGUCACUGCUACCGGAGUUUGUCUGUCAGAAUGAACGGCACUCAGCAGAGUGAUACAAAGAGACAGAACCUCCUGGAGAGGCUGCUGGAUGCUGUCAAACAGUGCCAAAUACGCUUUGGAGGAAGAAAGGAGAUUGCCACGGACUCAGACAGCAGGGUGAUCUGUCUGUGUGCCCAGUUUGAAGCGGUGCUGCAACAUGGUCUGAGGAAGAGCCGAGGUCUGGCUCUCACCGCUGCCGCUCUCAAGCAGGCUGCAGGCUUCAGCUCCAAAACUGAAGCAGAGCUGACUUUCUGGUUCUACGUGAAGGAACAUCUGAACCGCCAUGAGCUCCAGCGGUUCUACUCUCUACGUCACAUCUCCUCAGAGCUGGGCCGAGGUCGUGCCUGGCUGCGCUGCGCCCUCAACGAGCACUCACUGGAGCGCUACCUGCACACACUGCUGGCUGACCGCCCACGCCUGGGAACCUACUAUGAAGAGUGGGCUUUUAUUCUUGAUGAAGAGAGAGCAAGUAUGCUCCCCACCAUGGCUGCAGGUCUGAACUCCAUCCUGUUUGCCAUCAACAUCGACAACACUGACCUGAACGGCGGGGUGAUGCAAAGAGGAGGCUCCUCUGUGUCCCACCUCCUUAAGGAGUCAACGCAGGGCAUCGGCAGCCUGUGGAAAGAGUCGACUCAGGGGGUCAGCAGCCUGCUGCGAGAGAUCAGCACUGCCACGGCUGUGGUGCCCGGGUUUACUCCUAGAGUGGACGGAGCCUCAGACCCGCUACCUGUCCUGCCACGUAGCAGCUCUGCUGACUCAGGGCUGAGGAAAGAGCGCCGGAGGAAAAAGAAAAUCACCAACAUCAUUUCCUUUGAUGACGAUUUGGACGGAGGUGCGGAGGAUGAGGAGGAGGGAGAGGACGACUCCCAGAAGAUAGGCGCAAUGAGGAAGAGCCACACUGCUCCUGCUCAGAGCAGCGUAGAGGAAGGCAUAGAUCCUUUGGAGCCGGCCUUCUCCGAGUUGCCCGCCCAGAAUGGCCUGGCUGAGCCGGGCAUAGUCAGCUGGGUGGGGUCCCCCCAUCCUUCUCGCACUCCACCAACUACUACACCUCCUCUGCCUGACAGUAAGAGUAUAGACAACGAGGAGGAGGAAGAAGAGGAGGAGAUGUACAAACCCAGAGCACAAACCCAGGAGGAGGAGAGGGGCAGCGCUGAUCAGGUGGUGGUUGGCAGCCUGUCCAGUGUGUCCACGUGGAGCCCUCUACAGGUGAUGACUGACCACAGCAGUUCGGACAUCCUCAUUCCUGUGAACCCUGCAGACUCGCAGCCAGUGAGCUCUGUGGAAGACACAGCUGCAUUUCCUGCUCAGUGCGAGUCAACAGGCCCGGCGGGAAACUGUGAGAGCAGCAGAUCGCCUUUAACAUUUAAUAUGGAGUCCAGUCCACCGACGCAGUCUGCUCCACUCUCCAGUGUGCUGCCAACAUCUGGUCUGCCAGAGUCCAUGACAGUGGUGGAGCUGCGUCAGGCCAUUGUAGCCAUGAUGAACAGGAAGGACGAACUGGAGGAACAGAACACGUCUCUUCGCAGUCUGCUGGAUGGGGAGAUGGAGCACUCAGCAGGCCUGAGGCAGGAAACUGAUCUGCUCAAGAGGAAGCUGGCAGAGCUGGAGGAGAGACACACAGCCAAGGUCCAGGCACUGGCCAGGGAGAAUGAGGUCCUGAAGGUCCAGUUGAAGAAGUAUGUGGGGGCGGUGCAGAUGCUGAAGAGAGAGGGGAGCCAGGGCAAUGAUGCCCUGUCAGUGUUGCGGUCAAGUGAAGAGCAGGCCCCUGUCCCACAGAAUAAGUUCAUGGGUGACGUCGAGGAGCUGGCUGCCAGCUAUGAACGCAAACUCAUAGAGGUGGCCGAGAUGCACGGUGAAUUGAUAGAGUUUAAUGAGCGCCUGUAUCGUUCCCUCAUGGCCAAAGACCACCUCAUUGUCCAGAUGAGACAGGAGCUCAUUGACCUGAGAGGCCCGGUUCCAGGUGAUUUAAGCCAGACGUCGGAUGACCCCAGCCUGUCAGAUUUUGAGACGGCUCAUCGCGCUCUCAUCAAUGUGUGGAUCCCCUCUGUGUUCCUGCAGGGCAGAGCUGCCAAUGCCUACCAUGUCUACCAGGUACGUUCAGCCUCUUUAAUAUCUAUGUCCUCUGUUUACCAGGUUCAGCAGAGCAGGCUGCGCCACUCGGUGUGCCUAGUGCGCACGGAGGUCAAUGGUGAUGAGGCACGCAGAUGA